CUACCGCCGAAUUUAUUUCUAGCAAAAACUGAGAAUUGGAAGGAUCUGCGACCAAAAUCGCGAGAAGCUGAUGCUAGUCCAUCUAGCGUUAAUAUUGUUAGCGUAUUGAUACUAGCUUAUAUUAUUUUAAAAAACAGAGCACGCUGCGGAAACCCGGGCAACACAAUGGAGACAGUCAAACCUCAUCAAUGUGAAAAAUGUGGACAGAGCUUCUCAGACAGUGGCAUGCUUGUCUCUCACCCCUGUUCAAAAAGGCCGCCUGCUCCAUCCAGUAAAGGGCAGUUGGGCAACUACAAAUGCUCUCAAUGCAGUGAGGUCUUUUCCAAGCCAAGUGCUCUGAGACACCACUUCAGAAUCAUUCACAGUGGACACAACCCUAAAGGCCCAUUUCCCUGCACCGAGCGGGGCUGCCGGUUCAGCUGCACAGGCCACCAGGAAUAUCAAGCCCACUUGACAUCCACACAUGGUCUCUGUCUUAUACCCUGCACUUUCCGAGCUUGCAAAGCAUCAUUCCUCACACAAGCUGAGAUCGAGAGACACUUGCAGGGCCACAUGCCCUUCGGCUGCUUUCAAUGCCAGUUUGUUACUGAAAAUGAAAAAGACCUGAGCAACCACCUCCUGGAGCACAACCAUCUUUCAGCUUGUACUCAAGGUAACGAGGCUGCAUCCACAACUGUAUGCACUAAUGGACUCCACCAGCCCCAGAUGUCCAGCAGACCAAAAAGAAACCUGAAGACCAAGUCAGCAUUUGCAUCAUCAUUAGCAGAAGAUGGGAACAAGGAACAGCCUGAGAGGGAAGGGAACACUAUCAAUAAAGUGAAAAUGACAGCGGAGAGAGAGAUUCUUUCAGCAGCGGACACAGCACCACUGCCUUCCAAAGAGUAUCUUGCAGAGGGUGCAGAGCACAUUUAUCGUACCCACACCUGCCCUAUGUGUCGGCGCUGCUUCAAGAUGCGCUCCCACCUACAGGAGCACCUCCAUUUACAUUUUCCUGACCCCAGUCUCCAGUGCCCCACCUGCAAGCGUUACUUCACCAGCAAGAGCAAGCUACGUAUACACAGGCUCCGUGAGGCAGGUGAAAAGGUUCACCGUUGCCACUUGUGUGAGUAUUCUGCCGUGGAGCGCAAUGCAAUUCGCCGUCACCUUGUCAGUGUGCAUGCUGAUGAGGCUGAACAGGACGUAAACAGUCACAGCUAUCCUUGCCCCACUUGUGGUCAGAACUUUCACCAAAGCAGGUCACUUAAAGCUCACAUGAAGAUGCACAACAUUCAGCCAGGCAGCAAAUCUGUGGCCUGCUUCCAAGAUGGUUGUUCCUUCCAGAGUCCUUUGCGCAAAGAACUUCUUAGACAUGCUACUGAAGUACACGGAGUCAAGGCGGUAGAAUGCCGGCAUCAUGCCUGUGGUGCCAUUUUUCAAAAAGAGAUGGAAAUGGAGGCUCAUUAUCAGACACACCUUGCCUAUCACUGCUCACAGUGUGAUUUCUCUUGCUCCAACAAAACUGUAUUCCUCCGGCACCGGCGGCAUGGUCACCCAGGGAAUGACAAGCUUUGCUGUGACUUCUGCUCCUUCAUCACGUUUAACCCUGUGGAAUUUGAGCAGCACAUUGGACAUUUGCAUGCCAACGAGAAGAUCCAUCGCUGUCCUCAGUGCAGUUACGUGACCUCGCAUAAACGUGGCUUGAAGAGGCACAUGCUGGUGCACAGUGGUGAGAAGCCCCACAAAUGUAGCAUGUGUGAAUUCAGGUGCCGAGAUGAGUCAUACCUCUCGAAACAUAUGCUCACUCACUCAGAUGACAAGAACUUUAUGUGUGCCGAAUGUGGGUAUGUCACUAAAUGGAAGCAUUAUCUGAAUGUCCAUAUGAGGAAACAUGCUGGAGACCUCAGGUAUCAGUGUGAUCAGUGCCCCUAUCGUUGUCACCGCAUGGAUCAGCUAAAUAGCCACAAACUACGACAUCAGGCCAAGUCACUCAUGUGUGAGAUCUGUGCUUAUGCCUGCAAACGCAAAAAUGAGCUUCGCAAUCACAUGUUGGCCAAACAUUCUGGAGAGCAGAAGCAGCCAUCUGUUUAUAAGUGCAAAUACUGCACGUACACCACCUGCUACCGACAAGCACUUCAAAAUCAUGAAAACUGCAAACAUACCAAGCUAAAAGAGUUUCGCUGUGCCCUCUGUUUCUAUUUCUCAUUCAGUAACAUCAGCCUCUUCCUGCACAAGAGGAAAGCUCAUGGGUAUGUGCCUGGGGACAAAGCAUGGCUAGAGAACUACGCUGCAAAGGAGAAGGAGAGGAACUCAACCGGGUACUUGGAGAGUUUUUACAGUAAGCCCUCAGCAGCUCAUGAGCAGGCUGACCAGUCCACUGAAGGACCUCCACCAUCUCAGAGAGACCGAUCUAAAUUUCCUGCUGUGGCAGAUCACAGUGCGAGCAAAGAAGCUGUAGUUGGAUCGCAAACUGUGGGUGCAGUAAAUGUUCUUGAUGUUAUUUCUCAAGAGGCUGUUAAUGCAGGUAUUUCAGGCAGUCAUCCAUCUGUGAAUAGUCCAGAAGAGUACUGUACUCUUGUUUUAACUACACUGUCUACCACCGAUUAUCACACCCAUUCAUUGCAAAAUAUAGAGGAAAGCUGCACAAAUCAAACUCCAAGGGCAGCCAUGUCUAAUAGAUCACAAGAAAAGCCAGAGUUCUCUACAUCUAUAAGUUCAUCAGAGGAAGAUAAUGUAGCAGUGACUCAUGAAGAGUGUGAACCAAGUGACUUGGAUGUCAGCUCUCAGCCUCUGAACAUCUCAACCAGUCAACCAGUUGAGCCUGAGAUGGAAAGUGAUGAUGAAACAAUCACUUGUACUUUACCAGCUGAGCAAAAUCUGCCUUUAGAAUCUGAAGUCAGUUUGAAAGCCAUGAAGAAAUAUGACAAAGCCAAAGCAGAAGCCAUGGUUUUAGAGGGACAGGUGCAAAUGCUUGUGGUGCAGACUAAAGAUGUUUAUCGCUGUGACAAGUGCUCUUAUGUGACCUGUAAGGAGACUGCUUUGAAGUACCACUGCCAGGCUUUGUGCCAUGGAAGGAUAAAGGGGCACAAGUGCCAGGCCUGCGGUGCACAGUUCAAACAGAGGCGAAGCCUUGAUGGUCACCUUUCAAAGAAGUGCCCAGCACUUCCACAAAAAACAAGGACAUUUGUAGGCAUUUCAAAUACAUGCUUUGCUACAGAAAGAAGCUCUAAUCGAGGUACAGCGGGAUCCAAAGAGUUGGCUGAGAGAAUGAAUUCUGGUCAGACAGAGCUUCUGUCUUCACAAAGUAAGAUUUCCACAGAUUCAUUCCAUCAGCAAGAAGAGGAAGUACAUGCUUAUUUGUCAGACUGUCGAGGCUUUGAUGAGAAGGUCCAUACAUCCAGUGAUUCAGGACAUCAGCAAAGCGAAACACAGAAAAAUUCACAUUUGAAAGUCAAGCUUGUGAAAAAACGAUUAGCUUCAAGUAAAAAAAUCAGAAGUGCAUCACUGCAAACAAGGUACAGGAGAACAGAGGAUCAGAUCCUUUCAGAAGUGGAUGAUAGUGAGGCAGUCAAAGGCAUGGAUCAGCACAUGAUAAACACAGAGAGCAUGUCUAAGAAACCUCCGCUCUUCUCUUGUCCAAGCUGUGCAUUUAAAUGCAAUCAGAAAAGAGCAUUAGACAGCCAUGACAAGAGAGGCUGCAUGAAGCCAGAUGAAGUCCAGUGCACCAUCUGCUCUUUUGUCGCCAAAUCUAAAAUGACUUUGGCUCAUCACAUCUUUUAUGUUCAUAACAAAAAGAAGUUUGGUGUUGCUAAACCUAAACGUUUGCAUUGCCAACACUGUACUUUCACUUGUAAGCAACAAAGAUGCAUGGCACAUCAUGUUGCACUCAAACACAAAGGUUUAAGGCCUCACCGUUGCCAGUACUGUCCUUUUAGUACCACAAGGCGCUAUCGCAUGGAAGAGCAUGAGUCUCUUCACACAGGAAUCGGUCGUCACAAGUGCGAUAUGUGCGACAAAACCUUUGGGGCUGUGACCAAAUUGCGUCAGCACAAGAUGCGCAUCCAUGACAAACAUCCUACACAUUUCUGCUCAUUGUGCGACUUCAAAGGCUACACGCUGGAUGACAUAAGGCGGCACAACCUCAGAUGCCACACAGGAGAGUUAAAGCAUGCUUGCACUCACUGUGAUUCUCGCUUUAGUUCAGAAGUUGCUCUAAGGAACCAUUGUAAGCGCACACACCAGCUCCAGGUCUGUUUCUCAUGCAAGCAGUGCAACUACACAUGUAGCACUGAGGUCGCACUGAAGAGCCACCAACAAAGCAAGCACACUCAGGUAAAGUGUACCACCUGCCAAGAGUCUUUUCAGACAAAAGAAAGCCUGGAGGUACAUCAGAGGACCCACCUGGCACAUCAGUGUCAGCUGUGUCCCUUUGCUGCCAAAACAAGGCGGCUGUUAGCUCAGCACCUUCUGAAUGAACAUGAGGAGGGAGCUCUGGAGGACAAGCCGCUCAGGUGCAGCAGUUGCAAAUUUGCUUGUCAGCAUCAGCUGGUGUUAGAGCAGCAUCUCCGUUCACAUGGUGGCAAGCGUCUGUACAAAUGCACAGACUGUGAGUAUUCCACCCCAAACAAGCAGAAGAUCACGUGGCACAUUCGCAUACACACUGGGGAGAAGCCUUACAGCUGCGAGCAGUGCAGUUACACCUGCACUGAUCCAAGUAGGUUGAAGCUCCAUAUGAGGGUUCACCAAGAAGAGAAGAAGUACCUUUGUCCAGACUGUGGUUACAAAUGCAAGUGGGCAACUCAGCUGAAGUAUCACAUGACCAAGCACACAGGAGAGAAGCCAUAUGCCUGUGAUGAGUGUGAGUACCGCACCAACAGAGCGGACGCCCUACGUGCCCACCGGGACACACAGCACUGUGAUAUGCGCCCUUACAUCUGUGAAACGUGUGGCAAGGCCUUCAAGACCAGUUUUAUAUUGAAGACCCACCAGCGACAGCACAGUGAAGAUCGGCCAUAUACAUGCGGCGUGUGCCACAAGGCCUUCCGAUGGCCAGCGGGUCUCAGACAUCAUUACCUCUCUCACACAAAGCAGCAACCAUUCUGCUGCCGCCACUGUUCCUACAGAGCAAAACAGAAGUUCCAGGUGGUCAAGCAUUUGCAGAGACAUCACCCAGAGAUGUCAGUAGAGCAGGGGGUAGUGAGGGACUCAGAAGCUGUUAGCUUGACCCUGAAGGAGGCUUUGCAGGGGUCACUGGAUGAGAGAGCAGCAGAAGUGGAGGAAGGAAAUGUCAAUGAGGUAGAGGAAGUAGCUGAAGAGGUUGUGCAGAGGAGAAGAUAGUGAGAUAAAACACAGACGAGAUGGCACAAUACUGUAGAUGCAGUGUUAAAUUCAGUCUUCCACUGUUAACAGUGACAUAUCUGUCAAUUUCUAUUUAGUCACUUCAUUUUAUUAUAAUGUAAAAGGUUAAUAAAACACAGAAGUACCAAUUGUUAAGUGACAGAAUGUGGACUGGAUAGAGAGUGUGUGUGUGUGUGUGUGUGUGCAU